AGAAAUGGCGGUGCAUUUGGAUGUGUAUUUGUAAACAAGAAGAAAAAAAGUGUUUUGGACUUCAUAUAGUUGGAAACAUCAGCAAAAGGAGGUAUGUUAGUCCCCUAGCUGACUAAUGGCUGUAGUAACUACGUUUGUGGAGGGCUGGGAUUUCGUCCAGACGCUCGGAGAAGGUGCCUAUGGAGAAGUGAAGUUAGCUGUAAAUACUGACACACAGGAAGCCAUAGCAGUGAAGAUCAUCAACUUAGAACGAUGUCCUUCAGCAGCCGACAGCGUCCGCAAGGAGGUGUGUGUCCACAAAAUGUUGAAUCAUGACAAUGUCAUCAAAUUUUUCGGUUUCCGGAAGAAUGGCAACAUGCAGUAUCUGUUCCUGGAAUAUGCAAGUGGCGGAGAGCUGUUCGAUAGAAUAGAGCCAGAUAUUGGCAUGUCUCAGGGAGACGCUAACAAGUACUUUAAACAACUCAUGGCGGGCGUGGAGUACCUACACAGCCGCGGUGUCACACAUCGAGACCUGAAGCCAGAGAAUGUCCUCCUGGAUGAUUUUGAUAAUUUGAGGAUAUCUGACUUUGGUCUUGCUACUGUGUUUCGUUACCAAGGCAAUGAACGUCUACUAGAGAGAUGCUGUGGUACGGUGCCUUAUGUAGCCCCGGAGGUGAUUAGUCGUAAGCCAUACCAUGCAGAGCCGGCAGAUGUGUGGUCAUGUGCUAUCAUACUUGUAGCUCUCCUGGCUGGAGAGUUGCCUUGGGAUGAGCCAAACUAUGGCUGCCAAGAGUACAGUGACUGGAAGGACUGUCGGAUCACUGUCCCUCCUUGGAGUAAGAUCGACAACCUGGCUCUGUCUUUACUGCGGAAGUUGUUGGUGGAGAAUGCUUCAAAGCGAUUUACAGUCCGUCAAAUCAAGGGUCAUCAGUGGUUCAACAAAAACUUUAACAAGACACAUAAAGGGUCAUGGGGUCGUCUACCAUCAGGAUCACCCAGCGAUUCUCCUUGUGGUACAGGUCCUUUCAAGCGAGUGUGUUCUGGAUUGUCUCCCCCUGGACACAGUACAGAUAGUGAUAUUAUGCGAGUGUCGUCGUCUCAGCCUGAUCCUCAGCAGCUUCCAGAUAAUACAGGAGAUGGUGGUCAAUCCUCCGUGGACGCCAUCUUUAGCUUCUCACAGCCGGUCCACCCGGAGAAUAUGUUCCUUAGCAGUCAGUUCCAGGGCACACCAGGGUGUUCACAGACACCGCUACAGAAGAUGGUGCGGAGGAUGACCAGGUUUUUUGUACGGGCAGACAAGGAUGAUAGUAUGGCCGAACUGGAAAGGGUCCUCCAACAGCUCGGAUACAACUACAAACGUAACUCGCGGGGCAUGGCAACAGUGAGUGCCCAUGACCGGAGGAAGAUGUCUCUUGUGUUUAAAGCCUGUCUUCUAGAGAUGGGAGAAAACCUGCUCAUGGACUUUAGGCUCUCCAAGGGAGAUGGACUCGAGUUCAAGCGACAUUUCAUCAAGAUAAAAGAACAGAUGAAGUCGGUCAUAAGUAAGAUGCCUCCUGCUUACCCUCUGGUUCCAUCCCAAGUCAGCCAACUCGAUGCACACUGACACAAACAUGUUGUCAACUUUUGGUAACUGGAUGGCAAAAAUAAUCAGGUGUUCAUCUGACAGUGCAGGACAAUGUCGUGGUAGAUUGGAUUUAUUAUCAGACGGAUGAUUUCGUGAACAAAUGACAGCGUGAAGGUUGUGAAUGAAAUAUUUCUUUGAAAAGGAGUUUGUGUGAAUAUUUGCAAGGUGUUUACAUGAGCACAUUGAUGAAAAAAUGCUAUUAGAUAUAAAGGAUGCUAUGUGAAAUAUGAACUCCAUUUAUUUGUUCUGGAAACAAAAUGGUGAAUGUUUAUGUCUGAAAAAUAGAAUACUCAUGGAAAAAGUCUGCAUGAAUUCAUGUGUGUAUGUGAUUCUAAGAAGUACUUGGAAUUUAACUUUCUUUCAUUAUGAAUCAACAACCCCCCCCCCCCCACACGCACACAUACAAAACUUAAAACGUUGAUACUGUGAAUGUUGCUCCCUGCAGAAUUUCCAUGCCUGCAAUAUAAGAACUCUGAUUUUCCAAUUCUAUAGCUUGAUGUAGGUAAUGAUUCCACAGUGAGGGUCAUGUCGUAUACAGUUUGAUCAGGAGUACGAAACACAAGGCUGUUCAAGGUAAAUCAAAGUGAUUGUAUGUUGCCGAGCUUAUAUUAUCUAUAAGUUCUGAUGAGCUUUCAAUCCAUUAUAUCACCGGUAAAUUGAUAAAAGUACUAAAGAAAUUCUGCAGAAUAUAUCACUUAAAUUCUGCCUGCUUGGACAAUUCUGUCAAAGUAAUAUCCGAGUAAUAAUUUGAAUGAACUGGUAUGGAGUCACCUGCCCGACCUUGUAGGUUUUCUCUGGGUACUCUGGUUUCUUCCCACAAUAAGACACCUUAUGUGCUUCCAUCCGGGCCAACAAGUGUGAUUACAAUUGAUUGAUAUAACUCGUUUCAAGUUUCAACGGUUUUCUGAAUAUGAUUAAGUUUAUAUCUGCAGAAUUCAUAGCAGCAUAUAUAUAUGCUCAGCAACAUGGGGCAUGCAGUCUUUUGAAGUCGUUGAGUUUUGCUUUGUGGACUUGAAUCUUGGGUCUUGGAAAAGAUGUGAUUCAUUGAUUCAUGUUGAUAAACCAGUAAGUAAUUAUGCAGGGACAUGAGUCUUUAGAAAAGUACUUUCAAUGCAUGUUAGAACAAUUCUCUGUUAUUUCAAGGUAAAUCUCAUUUUGUUUUUGGACGAAUCAAUGCUGAAAUUACAUAUGAAACAUGUGAGGCAUCAGAUGUUUCAAAAUUAAUUUGAUACUGUAAAAUGUGUUAAUCUUUUUGAAAGUACUUUGAAAAAUUGAAUUCGGUAGUUGAAAAUGCCUUGAAUGCCAUCAUCUGUAUACCAUGUGAUCCUUCUCCCCCCAAUGUGGUUAUUUAUAUGAAGGUAGAAUACUUUUGUUCCUUAUACAUUCCCAAGGCAUGCCUGAUUUUUAAUUCUAUUGGCAAACAUGAUAUUGAUGUGCUGGUGGAAGGGCGGCAAAAUUACUUGAUUGGGUCCCUAAUAUGCGCACACAAUUUCGGCACAUGCUGAUUGCCGUAAAUUCCUGCCGGUUUGGAAGCACCGGCAAACAAGAUGACAACAUGUUCAACCGAAAGAUUAGAUUAAGUGAGAAGUUAAAGAAUUUGAACUUGUUUUGAGUCUAUGUCAGGCUAUUUUAGUCAUAUAUAUUGCAAAAUAAGUUGAUUUCAAAUGUUCUGCAGCGUUUGAUGUUUACAAUGCUUUUGAAAUAUGUUUAUUCAUAUAUAAAUAUAUAAAAUAAAUAAAAAAAAUAUUUUGGUCUAUGUCAGCCAUAUUGCAACUGAGCCACUUCUUGAAUGUGCCUACCGGUGGCAGGUUCAAAAUCGGCAAAGCUAGAAUCAGUUCACCCUAUAAUGUCUGGUACCUCCAUAUCCACAAUGCAUACAUUGUACAUAUACAAUAGAAUCUUGGAAAAGGAAAAGAUAACUCUUUAUAGUACUUGUGUUAUAUUGUUAAUUUGUGCAGAUAUUAACAGGAAGUUAACUCUACAAUACAUUUUAUUUUUCUCACUUAUUUGAAAAUACACAAGAUAUUGUUUAUAAUGUUGGAGAGUAUAUAUAGUUUGUAGAUGGUAGUGCAAGAUGAUGCGAGUUGUCAUUAUGUCAUACUAGAAAAUAGAGGAACCAGCAAGUUUACUCUGUAAUUUCUUGAUUAAUAUUGUAUAAAAUUGUAGUACAUUGAAUAUGAAGUACAAAUGAAUUCAGGAUUAUAUGUUGUAUUUUCACAGAUUUUUGUGCAUGUUUGUUAAGUGUGAGAAAUUUUAAUCAGAAGUAUGUAAGAUACAGUAUUGGUGCUAUAUAAAGAAAUAAACCUUAUUGAACGAU